UCGCUAGAACAAAGCCGCGCCAAUCCAAAAGCCCAAACUGAAGAAGAAGAAGAAACUCAGAUGGCACUGCUUCAAUCCAAUCUUCAUCAUCAUCUCCAUUAAAGCUGCUUAAAAAUGCGCAGCCUCACUACUCUGGGUCUGACUCUCAGAUCCUCCUCCUCCUCUUCUCUUCCAUUCACCUGCAACUUCCGCUUCUUCUCUCCUCCUUCUUCUUCUAGACUCUACAGGCGAUUUCAUUUCCUCAAACCAUGUUCUUCCCUCAAACAAACCAACAAGAAGAAGCAACAGUCUCUCCCGUCUACCGCCCCGCCUCCUCAGAGUCUCCGGUGGUUCUUCAAUCCCAAAUCCAGUGAUGACGAUAACGACGAAGAUGAUGCUAAGUCUGAGAGCGAUGACGAUGGCGGAUCGGAAGGUGAUGCUGCUAUUAAGGGUACUAUAUUAGCCGGAGUUUUGUUGAUUGGUACUGUUGGUGGAUUCGCCGGCGUUGGAUAUGUCUAUAGGGAUCAGAUUAAUACGUUCCUCACUCAAUUCUCCACUUACAUCGAAGGUUAUGGUACGGCUGGGUAUGCUCUGUUCAUUGCCGUUUAUGCUGGCCUUGAGAUAUUAGCCAUUCCGGCUCUCCCAUUGACAAUGUCGGCUGGUCUUCUCUUUGGUCCCCUUGUUGGUACUAUCAUAGUUUCUAUCAGUGGAACAAUGGCUGCUAGUGUUGCUUUCUUAAUUGCCAGAUACUUUGCCCGAGAGCGAAUCCUUAAGUUAGUUGAAGACAACAAGAAGUUCCUCGCCAUUGAUAAAGCAAUUGGUGAAAAUGGGUUUAGAGUUGUUACUCUGCUUCGGCUAAGCCCUCUACUUCCUUUUUCUCUUGGCAAUUACCUGUACGGGUUGACAUCUGUGAAGUUUGUGCCUUAUGUAUUAGGAAGCUGGUUGGGUAUGCUUCCAGGCUCUUGGGCUUAUGUCAGCGCAGGGGCUUUUGGACGAGCAAUCAUUCAAGAAGAAUCUACUGUUGGCUUGCCUGGAGGAAAUGGCCAGCUCUUAACGCUCGGGUUAGGUCUGUUGGUUACUGCAUUGGCUGCAACAUAUGUGACAGGCCUUGCGAAGGAUGCUAUAAAGGAUAUUGAUGAUGAUAAGUAGAGAGAGAUGCAAACUAAGAAAAGCCGGCAAAUGGAUAUGGUUUUUGACUCUCUAGGAUUUGAUAAAAAAACUUAACAAAGUAUCAUGUACCAA